ACUGUUGUGGGAAACAAUUCUAUCUUGUAUCCAAGCCGGAUUCAGGGUAGUGGAGAAGCCAUCAGGGUUAAAUAUCGCGAAGCACGCGGGAGAUGGAGCCGUUGCCCGCUGGUUUAUCAGACUUGAAAAGUUGGACGCUUUAGCUUUGGGACUUGAGAGCGUGCCUGGUAGAGUUCUCUCGUUGUGUUGAGAAUUGAGAUGUCGAGCUAUACCGAGGUUUCGCAGGUCAAUGGCGACGAAGAGGCGCACGUCGUUGCUGCUUCCGAAGCAGCCCAAGUCGACACCAACAAGAAGGAAGCCCAGGUUACCGCUGAAGCUAUCCCUUCUUUGCCGCCGCAUGUGGUGAAGGAUUUGUUGUCAAUUGGGGUAUGUGUGAGAUGCAUCUUUCGAUUGUUUGGGGUUCGUGGUUGUGCUUAUUCAUGCUUGUCACUCUUACCAUCAGACUUGCUUUCAUCUGUUGAAGAAUCAAAAGGUUCCCAUGAUUGUGCAGUUGGUAUCUGCUCCAAAGCAAGUGAAAAUUUGAAUUGUGCACUCCCUUUUCAAGAGUCAGAAGAUGAGCCAGUAUUUUGCAGCAUUUGUUUGGGCAUACUGCAAUUUUCUUAUAGUAAGGAGAAAGAAACAUUGGUUAAAAAAUAUUCUGCUAGUGAAUUUGCAGUAUCAAUUGCUGAGCUAGUGAAGCAAGAGGGCCAUCAGAUUGAGAGCUUUUCUCUUGAAGUUUCUGUGCCACCAAUUAUCUUGGCAAAUGAGCGUGCAAUUUUGUUAUAUAUGAAAAGGAAGUAUGGAUCCGAACCUUGGUUCCAAGAAAAAUUUCUUACCGAACACACUUCUGUGAAGGAUGCAUUGAAAUUGUUAAUCAUCGAUUCCCUUGGAUCCUUGUUGUUUGGAACAGGCUCAGAGGACAGCUUGAUUGCACUUGACUCAGAGUUUUCUGAACAGUCUGCCUGUGAAGCGGAUGCAGUCUUUCGCAGGUCUCUCGAUGGGUUGCCAGACCAUUUAUUUUGUGAACGCUUCACAUUGCCACCAGAGAGGGUCAACCAGCCAUGUCACAUGGCAUUUCUUUGCUACAGGACACCUAUCUAUAUUGGUGGGAGGUACUUGAAGUAUUCUAGAAAUGUGAGUCAAUCACGGUGGAUUAUUGAUGAUGAAAGAAUGGGACAAGCAUCUGUUGAGGAGAUAAUUGGAGGCAACAUAGUUCCUCUAUUACGAGGUGACGACUACAAGUUCCAUGCAGCCGGUAGAGAGGAUAUUGAUGUCCGGAUGUUGGGUUCAGGUCGGCCUUUCCUGAUUGAAGUGCAAAAUGCACGUGAUGUUCCAUCUUGUGUGGCUGUCAAACAAAUGGAACAGAAAAUAAACAACUUGGAAGACAGAUUAGUUGCAGUGAAAAACCUCAAGGUUGUAGGGAAUCAAGGGUGGAAUUUGAUGCGGGAAGGAGAGGCAGAGAAGCAGAAACAAUAUGCGGCACUUGUGUGGAUUUCUCGCCCACUUGAGGAAGAGGACCUACAAACUAUAUCUUCAUUUAAGGAUAUGCGUAUUUUGCAGAGAACCCCAAUUAGGGUACUUCAUCGUCGAAGUCCAUUAGAACGUGAAAAGAUUAUACAUUGGAUGAAAGUUGGGAGGAUCACUGGAAGCUCUCAGUAUUUUCUAUUGUAUUUGUGUACUCAGGCUGGAACGUAUAUCAAGGAAUUUGUUCAUGGAGAUUUUGGACGGACCCACCCGAGCAUUGGUUCAAUCUUAGGCUGCAGAGCAGAGAUAUUGCAACUUGAUGUUACCGAUGUCAAGAUGGACUGUUUUUUAACUGAGUGAUACUGCCAAAAACUAGCUUUGGCUUUAAAUCAAAGGUCAGGUGUACUUUCUGUUUGUUUUGUGAACGAGUCACAUUUCUAUACCCGUUUUAUUUAUGUAAAGCCUUCUAAAACCAUUUUCAUCAAGGAAUUUGUUGCUCAGUGAA